AUGCUCCUGCUGUCUAUACUGCAAUUGUUAAUUGGUGUUAUUAGUCGCCGUCAUGGCCUGCAGGAUUCUCAGACGGAAGAAGACUCUACAAAUUUUACUCAAACAACACUCGUUCUAUUUGCUUGCAAUGCGUUGGUCAUCGUUUUCAUGGAUGAAGAAAAAGAAAUUCAAAGUGAAGAUUAUCUUUUUUGUGGCCCAAUAUGUAUCGGCAUAUUUGUCCAGGGCAUCGGGUCUAAACUGCCUCAAGGAUAUGUUGCGACCCCUUUAAAAGGCUACAUCCGAGGCCCAAAUCACAUAUCAUGGCUGACUGGUUGA